CCACUGCCGCGGGCGCUGGUUGGCGGCUUAAAGCAUCGGGGCCGCCGCCGCGAGGGGCGUUUAGAGCAGCUGGGGCCGCCGCGGCACGCAGUGCUCAGUCAGAGUGGCGAGCAUGGAGGGCAAGGAGCAGCAGCUGUUGGCUCCUGGCCCCACCACGCCGAGGGCCGCGGGCGAGGAGCGGCGUUCGGAUGAGAGCAGAGAUGGGGCGGGUGGCGAUACGUUAGGCAGACCGCUGGGUCCUACGCCAAGCCAGAGCCGCUUCCAGGUGGACUUGGUGGCCGAGGGAGCCGGCCGCCCAGCCGAGGAGCUCCGUAAGGAGAGCGGGGAUGGUGGGACGGCAGGGAAGGGCACUGAGGAAGCCAAGGGCAGAUUCCGGGUGAACUUCGUGGACCCAUCGGCGGGUGACGAGAGUCCUGGGGAGCCGGGGGGUGGCAGCUCGGAGGGCGGUAAUGUCAGCUUCCAGAACGGCGGCGACACGGUGCUGAGCGAGGGCAGCCUCCACUCCGGCGGCCACCACCACUAUUACUAUGACACCCACACCAACACCUACUACCUGCGUACCUUCGGCCACAACACCAUGGACGCCGUUCCCCGCAUCGACCACUACCGCCACACGGCUGCAGACCUGGGCGAGAAGCUUCUCCGGCCCAGCCUGGCUGAGCUGCAUGAUGAGCUGGACAAGGAGCCCUUUGAAGAUGGCUAUGCAAAUGGUGAGGAAGGCACACCAGCUGGUGAAGCAGUCACCACUUACACUCCAGAUAGCAAAGGAGUAGUCAAGUUUGGCUGGAUAAAAGGUGUAUUGGUGCGAUGUAUGUUAAACAUUUGGGGCGUGAUGCUCUUCAUCAGACUGUCAUGGAUUGUGGGACAGGCUGGGAUAGGUCUGUCUGUCUUAGUUAUUGGAAUGGCUACUGUUGUUACAACUAUUACAGGACUGUCUACUUCAGCAAUAGCCACAAAUGGGUUUGUAAGAGGAGGAGGAGCAUAUUACUUAAUUUCCAGAAGUCUGGGGCCAGAGUUUGGUGGUGCCAUAGGUCUAAUUUUUGCAUUUGCCAAUGCUGUUGCAGUAGCAAUGUAUGUGGUUGGUUUUGCAGAGACGGUUGUGGAGCUGCUGAAGGAAAAUGGAACCCUGAUGGUGGAUGAAAUGAAUGAUAUCAGAAUCAUAGGAGCUAUCACAGUGGUAAUACUGUUGGGUAUUUCUGUUGCUGGAAUGGAAUGGGAAGCAAAAGCCCAAAUCGUCUUAUUGGUGAUCCUCAUAAUUGCUAUUGGCGACUUUGUGAUAGGAACAUUUAUUCCUUUGGAUAGCAAGAAGCCUAAGGGUUUCUUUGGGUAUAAAGCUGAAAUAUUUAUGGAGAAUUUUGGACCAGAUUUUCGACAAGAAGAAACCUUUUUUUCUGUGUUUGCUAUUUUCUUCCCUGCUGCAACUGGCAUACUUGCUGGUGCAAACAUCUCAGGUGAUCUUGCGGAUCCUCAGUCAGCCAUCCCUAAAGGAACGCUCUUGGCCAUCUUAAUUACUACAUUGGUUUAUGUAGGAAUUGCGGUAUCUGUAGGUUCAUGUGUUGUUCGAGAUGCCACAGGGAACAUAAAUAGCACCAUUGUCACCGAGCUGACAAAUUGCACUACAGCAGCUUGCAAGUUAAAUUAUGAUUUCUCAUCCUGUGAAACAGGCUGUCAGUAUGGGCUGAUGAACAAUUUCCAGGUGAUGAGCAUGGUAUCAGGAUUUGCACCACUGAUUUCUGCAGGUAUUUUUUCAGCCACUCUGUCCUCUGCAUUAGCAUCUCUUGUGAGUGCGCCUAAAAUCUUUCAGGCUUUAUGCAAGGAUAAUAUAUAUCCAGGCUUUCAGAUGUUUGCCAAAGGUUAUGGGAAGAACAACGAGCCACUGAGAGGAUACCUGCUAACAUUUUUAAUUGCUCUUGGAUUCAUACUGAUUGCUGAACUGAACGUCAUUGCUCCAAUUAUUUCUAACUUCUUCUUGGCCUCCUAUGCCUUGAUUAAUUUCUCUGUAUUCCAUGCUUCUCUUGCAAAGUCUCCAGGUUGGCGUCCUGCUUUCAAAUACUACAAUAUGUGGAUUUCUCUUGUUGGAGCUAUUCUCUGCUGCAUUGUAAUGUUUGUUAUUAAUUGGUGGGCAGCACUUCUAACGUAUGUCAUAGUUCUUGGACUCUACAUUUAUGUCACUUACAAGAAACCAGAUGUGAACUGGGGAUCCUCAACGCAAGCUUUGACUUAUUUGAAUGCACUGCAGCAUUCUAUUCGUCUCUCAGGAGUGGAAGAUCAUGUGAAAAACUUCAGACCGCAGUGCUUAAUUAUGACAGGCCCUCCAAAUGCACGUCCUGCUUUACUUCACCUUGUCCACGCUUUCACCAAGAAUGUGGGCUUGAUGAUCUGUGGCCAUGUACAUAUGGGUCCUCGGAGGCAAGCUAUGAAGGAGCUGUCAACCGAUUUAGCUAAAUACCAGCGAUGGCUAAUUAAAAACAAGAUGAAGGCUUUUUAUGCACCAGUGCAUGCAGAGGACUUGAGGGAUGGGGGACAAUACUUAAUGCAGGCUGCUGGUCUGGGUAGAAUGAGACCUAACACCCUUGUUGUUGGAUUUAAAAAAAAUUGGAGACAAACUGAAAUGAGAGAUGUUGAAACUUAUAUCAAUUUAUUCCAUGAUGCCUUUGAUGUUCAGUAUGGUGUAGUUGUCAUCCGCCUAAAGGAGGGCCUGGAUAUUUCUCACCUUCAGGGUCAAGAAGAGUUACUGUCAUCCCAAGAAAAAUCUCCAUGUACCAAGGAUGUCAUAGUAAAAGUGGAUUAUAGCAAGAAGUCUGAGACAGACACUUCUAUAGCUUUUGCUCCAGCAUCUAGUGAAAAAACUCAGGCUCUACGUAAAGAGGAGGACGAGGAUGGAAAAACUCCAGCACAACCACUGUUGAAAAAAGAUUCAAAGAGCCCAUCUUCUCCUUUAAACUCAGCUGACCAAAGACUACUUGAUGCUAGCACUCAGUUUCAGAAGAAACAAGGCAAAAGCAAUAUUGAUGUCUGGUGGCUCUUUGAUGAUGGAGGUUUGACACUCUUGAUUCCAUAUCUUAUUACAACCAAGAAGAAGUGGAAAGACUGUAAGAUCAGAGUGUUCAUUGGUGGGAAAAUAAACAGGAUUGAUCACGACAGAAGAGCGAUGGCUACUUUGCUUAGCAAAUUUCGGAUAGACUUCUCGGACAUUAUGGUUCUUGGAGAUAUUAAUACUAAGCCAAAGAAAGAAAAUAUUGCAGCUUUUGAAGAAAUGAUAGAGCCCUUCCGACUACAUGAGGAUGAUAAAGAACAAGAAGUUGCAGACAAAAUGAAGGAGGAUGAGCCAUGGAGGAUAACAGAUAAUGAACUUGAGCUUUACAAAACAAAGACUUACCGCCAGAUCAGGCUAAAUGAGUUGCUGAAAGAACAUUCAAGUACAGCUAACAUAAUUGUCAUGAGUUUGCCAGUUGCACGGAAAGGUGCAGUUUCUAGUGCACUAUACAUGGCCUGGUUAGAAGCUCUUUCUAAAGAUCUGCCACCAAUUCUGCUUGUUCGUGGGAAUCAUCAGAGUGUUCUUACCUUCUAUUCCUAAGAGUACUGCAAAAUGGAACAGCCAUGGUGAAAUGGUACUUCAGCGCCCAGAGGAGAGUGACUGAAAUGGUCUAUAGUUAUUAACAUCACAAAGGCAAAAAGUGACUCUUCUUUUACUAUUUCACUGACUUGAAAGCACAUAAGGAAAGUCACUGUGUUUCUAAAGUUGUGACAUCAUGAAUUUUAUUCUAUAUUUUAUGUAAUUUAAUCUUGCUUAAUGGGGGAGGAUUCCUUGUUAGACUAAAGAACAUGACGACCUUUUGUUUGCUACUUGAAUAGCAGCAAUAAAAUGUUUUAUUUUUGAUCAAUGAAAGGAUUAUAGAUUUAUAAAAGCCUUUUAGCCUUGAGGUGCCUUCUGAAAUUAACCAAAUCUCAUCCAUACUCCUACUUUGUAACUUUAUAUGGAAUGUCAAAAUCUGCCUUCAACUAAGUUUAGAUCAGAUUUCCUUUAGUUUCUAGUCUCUUCCAUAUUACAAUAAAAACAACUGCUUUUCGGUCUUCCAUUGAGCUAUUAGUUCUUAGUACUGUAUGUUUUCUAUUGUCAGAAGGUUUGGGGGUUUUAUUACUGUAUCUGUUAGAUUCAAGGGUGAGAAUUUGGGCAGGUCAGUUGAACUAAAGCAAAUUC